AUGUUGCGCUUCGCAUUGCUGCCUGGCUUGGCCUUGAGCCUUCGCGAUGACGCUGGCAGGCUGUCUCUGGACACUAUCCGGGACACUGACGGCUAUGUCAUCGACGCGGAGCCUUGCAAUGCUCCGAAAGGCAGCGAGUACUGCAACGCGUCCGUGCAGUCCCAGCUGAGCAAGAUCGGUGCCCUGCAGGACCCCGGGUCUCGCAUCGGAGCAGUCCUCGCAGUGCAGGACUUUCUUGGCUCAAAAGGAAGGCUAGCGAGGUGA